AUCUCGUAUGUAAACGCGGCAGACAAUGACCGUUCGUUACUGUCUGUUGGUCGGGUGACAAUAGUACAAUUUCGGAUUUAAAAGUUCAAAGAUCUCACAUGAUUUCCCCCCGUAAACCUGCUGGACAUCUAGGCGUAUUUUGUACUAACCACACGCACAAUCGACAUUUCCUACAGUUUUGAGACUGUACGAGUUGACAAUGCGCUUAUACCUGAAGUAUGCUACACAGGCCGUCAUUAUAAUCUUCAUUUGUACAUCCAUCUGGUAUAUACUGGACUCUCAACCAGCAGAACAUAUCGUCCAUGGAAGAGAUAAGGCAUCUUCGUCGUCGGCACAAUUGCAGUUCACGUCAUCAUCUAAAAUUCAACGAACUUCACGGCGAACAUCGCCCACCAAGAACGUUGUAUUUCUCAAAGUGCACAAAGUCGGCGGAUCAACGUUGAUGAACUUGUUUUAUCGUUAUGCCGAUUCUAAAAACCUUAAUCUCAUGGUCCCAAUCGAUACUGAAGGAGAUCACUGGAAUUACCUGGGCUUCAACACAACUUUACAUCCGAAAAACAUAGUUCCUCUUCCGCGCGGUGAAUCAUAUAACAUCUUGUGCAAUCACGUGCUCUAUGACAAACAGGCAUUUUUAAAAAUCAUGCCAAAUGAUUCUGUGUAUAUUACCAUUCUUCGAAACCCCGUUGGCCAGUUCGUCUCUGCUGCAAUGUAUUACAACUUCCUAUCGUCAUUGGAACAAGAAGCGAGAAAACAUAUUGGUUUACAACCGAUUCCGGAACUUUUCCAUGAGUAUUUUACCAACAGAGAUAGAUAUUCAAGUGUAAAUUCGUAUCACGUGAGAAAUAAAAUGUCACAUGAUCUUGGACUCCCGAUGUCUCGAUUUGAUGACAAAGUGUUUAUAGAACGAUUUAUACAAAACCUGACACGUGAUUAUGAGCUGGUGAUGAUGAUGGAGUAUUUCACGGAGUCAGUGAUCCUGAUGCGUCGCUUCCUGCUCUGGACGUUAGAGGAUGUCAUUUUCAUCCCAUUAAACGUCAAUAUGAGAAAGAAAAAGAAAAAUGUUAUGAUGUAUAAUGAUGACAUAGACGCGCUAUCAGAAUGGAACUACGCAGACUUUCAACUGUAUAAACAUUUUGAACAAAGAUAUAUGCAGCAGAUUGAAGCGGAAGGGCCUUCACUGCAACAGGAAGUGACGUAUUUUAAUGACGUUUUAGAAAAGAUCGCUGCGUUUUGUGCAAGUGAUAAAGAACUAUAUGCAGUAACAGAAUCCGAAUGGUCAAAGGCAUUUGAUGUCUCUAAAGAACAAUGUAAAAUGAUGACUUCCGAUGCUAUACCCGUUAUAAAAACAGCUAUACGAAAGUCACGAAAACGGUUCAACACGUGGGCAAUGUCGAAUGACGUUCAGGUUUUGACCUAAAAACAAGUAUCACCCUUAAUUGUUUUAAUUUCUUUUCUUUAUGCUUGUUCUUGUUAAUGUUUUCGUUUUUUACUUUAGCUGGGUUGCCAGCUGACCUUGCAAGAUACCGUCCCGCUCAUUUAUAAUGCCGGUAUUCAUUGUGUAACUUUUUUGAGAAAGGUAACUCUUGUAUGUUUAGCAGAAAAACGACCAGCACAACACUUCAUAAUUCUCAGGCAGAUUUAUAAUGAAAUAAUUUGUUUUAGUUUAGCAAGUGUUUUGAGUCCUUUUUCCUCUGUGGUGUUGUCUUUCAAAAUUAAUAUGUUAGACGUAAUAUUUCUAUGUUUCAAAGUUUUAGUUCUCAGUAGUUUUUAUAAACGGAAGCAGCAGAAAUAGGGCCCAAUACGGGGGACAUAUGGCUAAACGUUUGAAAUACUUCUUUCUCUGUACGAAUGGAGAGAUUUUAACAAAAUGUGGUUUAAAGUAUCAUUGGAUAAAGUGAAAUAAAAUUUGUAUAAUGGGAGGAUAUACAGACAACUCUCUAAAAAAUAAUUCUUUGAUUGGAAUCGGACCAAAUAUGAACAACAGCAUCCGUUAGCCAAGUCAAAAUCAAAUCAAAUCAAAUCAAAAUUUUUAUUUAGAGUCGGUACAUGGUAUAACAAUACAACAUUAGCUCUAAGGAGCUAUUAAAACCGACUAACAUACAGGACAUACACAUUGCAUAAUAAAACAGUUACAAAGUCAAUACUUCACUCUUACAUCACAUUUCAUUUUCAGCUAGGUUAGCACUAUCAUUUGUUAAAAGAAUAUGUACACAAGUAGCUGUUUAAAAUAGCAGAUAUCAGUCUAAAAACAUGGGGUGUAAAAGCAUAUUUAAAAACCUUGUGUACUUGUAUGAGAGUAAUAAGUGAUGCUAUGUUGUUGUGUGGUAUAUUAUGUAGGUUGUUUGCAUGUGACACAUUUACAUUGUGGUCCGUACACGCUGUUUAUAAGUGUUUUGAAUUGCGAAAGUGCUGUUGCUGUUCGAAAGUGGUCUGGCAGAGAAUUCCAUAUUAUUGGUGCUUCAGAUCGAAAAAAGAGGUGUUUUGCCAUAUUUGGUUGUUCUUACUUGUGGUAUGUCUGCGGUGUUGUGGUAUCUAAAUGAGUAUGAUGAGGUCACGCAGGUAUUUGGGUGUUUGUUUGUUUGUAAUUUUGUAUACUUCGAUUGCAAAAUUUCUGAGGCGUCUAAUUUUGAGGGAUGGUAAUUUUGAGCGGGCUAAUAAAACAAGAGGAUUAAAUAUUGCAUAAACGGAUGGUUAACAAAACAAAGCUUCAUAGAUAAAGUGUCGUUUGUAAACGGAUGCUAUAUUGUCAAACCUUUGUUUAAAAACGGAUGCUAUAUUGUUAAAACUUUGUUUACAAACAGAUGCUAUAUUGUCAAACCUUUGUUUAAAAACGGAUGCUAUAUUGUCAAACCAUUGUUUAAAAACGGAUGCUAUAUUGUUAAACCUUUGUUUAAAAACGGACGCCAUAGUUAAAAACAGAAUCAAUAUAUGUUACAUAGCGGGCGGCCACUAUAUAUGUACACAUAUGACCACAGUGACAACGUAGAGUAUCGAACGAUUGUUCAAGCCAAGACAAUCUGAGUUAUCGCCCUUGUCAUCAUUCGAAGGGAAAUAACUCGUUCGUGUUUGCAAGUACGAAAGUAACAUAUUUCAAAUAGCGGCACUGAACACAGUUAUACUUCUCCUUAUUCAAGCGAACCGGGAGUGUAAAAACAAUCAAAGUUUUAACUGUAUCAAAAUGCGCUCUAAGAAGCUAUCAACAAUGGCGUCUACAACUAUAUGAACUAUUGUAUGAAGUCUCGUUCAUGUUCUGCUUAAAUAAAGUAAAAAAUUGUCCUAAAAUAUUGACAUAUAGUUAUGGAGAAUUCAUGUGCCAAUUUCUGAAAAUAAUGAUAUUUUGCAUGAAACAGUGAAACCACAAAUAGAGUAGGGGAAAACGUCACCAAAGUAAAGAGUUGGAUAACAAAGUUAGAUCUUCAUAUAAAAUGAGACGGCACCAUGAAAGGGAAAUAACUCGUCCAUGCUUACAAUAGAGGUUUGGGUGUUGUUUGGAGCGAACAUGGUUAUAUUAUUUCUUCAAAUAAUUUACACCUACUUUAUAUGUUUUGACAUAUUGGAAAUUGAAUAAAGCAUAACCAUGUAUUGAUAUUUCACCCAAACCUAGGUUUUCCAGUCUUUAUUUAUACUUCAUAUAUCUUAUGUGUUCCCGUGGAAAUAUGAUAACUCAUGACAGUUAAUAUUUAUAUUAAAAGAUUUUAAUAUGUUAUUAUGUGUCAGGGAGGUGCAUCGGCGGCGUGAAUAUGUAUUCAGAUAUUCUGGUUUCACAGCACUCGUAUGCUAGAGGGGCCCUUAGGAGGUUCCCCGUUCGUGGCCUCACUCUCGGGUUUGUUGUGAUCGGGGGCCGCAGCUCUCUACCAAUCAAAUCCGAGUAUAGGGUUCAAACGUGCGGGGCCCCUCCCAUAGCGUCACUUCAGAAAAUAUAUUCAAAGGGCUAGCCACGCGCAGUUAUUUCCCACCAUCCCUCCCUGGUGCAUUGCAUAGUAUGGGAGGGUAACUUUGUAAUUUGUAUGAAAGCGUGUUUUAUGUAUAUGUUAAUUAAAUUCAUGUGUUCUUUUCGUAAGUAGAUGUAGAGUAACUGUAGACAGGCAUCAUACUGGUUAUAGUUAAAUUAACUGAGCAAGCGUAGCACAUCUCCACUAUUGAGCGAGGAGGGAGAUGUGAGCAUAGCGAAUUAGCGAACAUGGUUACAUUAUUUCUUCAAAUAGUUUACACCUACUUUAUAUGUUUUGAUAUAUUGGAAAUUUAAUAAAGCAUAACCAUGUAUUGAUAUUUCACCCAAACCUAGGUUUUCCAGUCUUUAUUUAUACUUCAUAUAUCUUAUGUGUUCCCGUGGAAAUAUGAUAACUCAUGACAGUUAAUAGAGGUUCUUUUAAAGGAGUCUUAAUUUAACCGGAUUUAUUUUAAAGCAUAAUAGGGGUAUUCUAUAAAUGGUGGGAAUUCAAAGACUAUUUUAAAAAAAUCAAAAAAAUCCAGGUACUAGGACCUGUAAAACUUUUCGAUUUCUUAAAUGAAAUUCUAUGAUUUUUUUAAACCAAUGCAAAGAAAAAAUCAGAUCGAAUAAGUCGACUCGUUUUUCCUUAAACCGUUGAUAAUUCCAACACAGAAUUUGCCUUCCAUUUUGACACGCCUUAUCUGUAACGUGAACAUUAGUUAAUUUACCACAAAAAGGACAAAGGCCUGAUAGUAUUCAUCAUGUUUAUUACAAAGCACUUAUUGUAGGCCGCUGUUCUUCAUAUUACCUUAGCCAGAGAGACAUGGGAAUCGAUAAUUUGUUACAGCUAAAGUUAAACCUAAACAGAUGUGUUCGGAGUAACAUUAAGUUUUUUUGGACUUUGGAUUGGCAUUUUACCCGAACGUUUUCCUUAACCCACAACUGAGAGGUGUAAUAUUACUCUAAACAUCGCAGUUUAAGUCUAAAUACAGCUGUAACAAAUUCUCAGGCCCCUGUGACCCUAGUGUAUUGAUUUUUUGGUUUUGUUGAGCAACAUUGGGUACAGAAUUUGAUGAUUUAUUUUUAUUUUUGCACGAGUUAAAAGAAAUGAAAAGAGUUUACUGAAUACAAUUAUAAUA